AUGGUAAGUGCUCUUUGCAUUUCUCUCGACCUGGAGGCAGAAAAGGAGAAGCUGGUCUCUUCGCCUUGGGGGCUUGCAAGCACCGGCCGGCCGUGCCCGGAGCCGGACUUCGCCGGGGGCCCGGGCUGCGCCUGCCCCUGGUCCGCCCCCGCCGGGGUUUCCAAGGAGACUUGGGCCGCCGUCUGCGCCGCGGAGCCGCCGCCGCAGCACGGCCAGGGCCGGCAAGAGGCUCGGCCGCCGGGCCAGUUCUGCAGCCCGCAGCUCGGUGCCCAGGACGCGGCGUGGCAGGGAGACCAGCUGUCCUCCCAGCUUUACAGAAACAAGCAGCUUCAGGAUACUUUGCUUCAGAAGGAAGAGGAACUUGCUAGGUUACAUGAAGAAAAUAAUAACCUCCGACAAUACCUGAAUUCUGCCCUGAUUAAGUGUUUAGAAGAAAAAGCCAAGAAGCUGCUAUCCUGCCAUGGCCAAAAAAACUGUGCUAUUCUCAAAAGCACCAAGAGGAGAUUAAAAGAGGACCACUGCUUUGUUCCUCAAGAAACUCCUCAUGCUUCCAAAGCUAGAAGGAACCUCUUUAAUGAAUUCACUGCCUGUGAAGAGCAAGCCAGCCCUGCUGUGGACAGCUGGGUCUUGCAGACUUUAGGAUUAAAAGAUGUCAAUACCAUUGAUGAAAAUUCAGCUAACUACAGUGCCCUGUCCUCAGACUUUGGAAAAGACACAUACUGCCUGAGCCCUGGGGAAGCAAUAGACUAUGACCACAGUGAAGGAGCAGCAGCAGCCUAUAGCUGCAGCCAUGUGCCUCCAGCUAACAGCAGUAACCAUCCAUGCAGUGAGGACUCUCCCUUCCUUCCUCAGUUUUCCUCAGCACCAUGUGUCUCCUCAUCAGUGCCAAGCGUUUCCUCCCUCCCAGCCUAUGGGUUGCCUUAUUUGACUGGUGAUUUGUCACCCAACAAAACAGAAGUGGCCUUCACAACAUCUCUAAGUCCUCACCGCAAUGUGAGAACACACACCUUCCACCAAGGACAAGCCUUUGUGCGCAGGGAUGAUGAUGGAGGAUGGAGAUUCACCUGGGUGCCCAAGCAGGCUGAAUAAUGCACCUGCAUUGAGGGUCAGCCAUAGGGGAUGUAGGCGACAGACACUCCAUCCUGUGCUUGAGACAGGUUCAGGCAUCAAAAAUGAGCCCUUCUGGACUCUGUUAAAUGCUACCCUUCACCUAUCCACUCCUCCUUCCCUCCCAGAUUUUCACAGGUGCAGCUCCAGAUUGCACUUGGACAGUUAUCUGCCCCAGGCCAGAUGUACAAAUUGGAUCCACUUCUCUUGUGCCUGUGUUGAGAUACCUGCUUUUACUUGCUUCACGGUUUUUCUGUCAUCAGCUAUUCCUUGUUAACUAGUAGUUUCCAGGCUGGAGUGCUUUCAGCUUUGAUGAUCACUCCCACAUGCACCAAACUGGAAAGCCUUUUGGGAAUACAGUUUGGAAAUAGCACCUCCUUCUCAGAUAUCCACAGAUGGCAAAGGAGGCAUAGGUUGGAGGUUGAGGAUCAGCAGUUUCUAAGUGAUUUUUGUCUCUCUUGGCUACACAGAUUGCCUUGGAUUAAGGCAA